UCAGCGAUUAUUGGUUUUUACUGUUAGAUCCCUAAACCUAGACCAAUUACAUUGACGAAUUACUCAACUGUUGUGCAACUGUUGGAAUACAGUUGAGUUUGCUAAACGCAAUGUUGGUCACGUAAAAUGUGAUACAGUUUGGAGAGAGAGAGAGAGAGGGGCCCUGAUAUAAUUUAUCAGACACUUAAUACAGGGACUUCCCAAGUGAGUUUGUGGGUGAUUAGAACUGUGCCACGUCGAAUAAAUGUCGCAGAUGUACUCGAUUUGUUUUAUAUAGUGUAUAACGUUUUACAAGGUAAGGAAGUUUAUUUUACGAUUUGCGUUAAAAUACUGUGUGCAAUUUUAUGAAAGUACAAUUCUUUAAGAUACAUCACAAUAUUUUUUUCACACUACUAAUACUUGAUACAGACUACUAAUUUGCUUCCUUUGUUAUUACACUUUGGAAAGAAAAGUGAAACUCUUGUGUGUUGCACACAAUUAAUGCAUAUUAAAAGGUAGUAUUAUAAAACAACUUAGUCUAGAUUACUUUAGUCAAAGAACUAUUUUGUUUUAUCUAGAUUAUGAGAGUUUAAUCCUGCUUGAAAAUGUACAAACAUCUACUGGUACAAUGUAUCACACGUUAUAAUAACCAAUGGUAUUGUUAUUUAUGCAAUUCACCACAGUUAGACUUGAAGAAAGCUAAGAGUCACUUCCAAGAGACUCAUUUAGAGCAGAUAAGUACCACAAAACAAAUAUUAGAAUUCCUUGAAAACUCUGGUAUAUCAAACAAGCAAAGCAAAGAGCUUUUAUAUAAUGGAGUUGUUUUACAGAAUUUACCAAAUGAAUUUACCACAAUUUAUUUUUGUAUAAUUUGCAAAUGUAAUAUACCUACUUUAAUCCAUGUUUACGAACAUAUAAAAGGUAGACAGCAUACAAAAAAGCUAGUAUUGGAAAAAGAAAAAGAAGCUAAUAUUGAAAAGGAAAAUUUCACAACUGUCCAACAAAAUUUAAGUAGAAAACAAAAUUUAGAAGAUAAAAUUGUGAUCAAACUUGUAGAACAAUUGGAAAAUAUAAUGAUAGAUUGUAUCAAAGUAAACGAUGGAUUACAAGACUAUUUUUGUAAAAUUUGUGAAUGUUGGAUACCUACUUUAAACAAUGUCUGUGAACAUGUUAAAGGAAGGAACCACCAAAUAAAUAAAACAGCUAGUACUACAGAAGAAAAACCUCAGAAUAAUUCAAAUAGUUUCCCAAGAGAAAGAAAAACCCAAGAAGAAAAUUUAAUGACAGAUUGUAUUAAAGUAAAGGAUGGAUCACAAGACUAUUUUUGUAAAAUUUGUGAAUGUUGGAUACCUACUUUAAACCAUGUCUUUGAACAUGUGAAAGGAAGGAACCACCAAAUAAAUAAAACAGCUACAGAAGAACUACCUCAGAAUAAUUCAAAUAAUUUCCCAAGAGAAAGAAAGACCCAAGAAGAAAAUUUAAUGACAGAUUGUAUUAAAGUAAAGGAUGGAUCACUAGACUAUUUUUGUAAAAUUUGUGAAUGUUGGAUACCUACUUUAAACAAUGUCUGUGAACACGUAAAAGGAAGGAACCACCAAAUAAAUAAAACAGCUAGUACUACAAAAGAAAAACCUCAGAAUAAUUCAAAUAGUUUCCCAAGAGAAAGAAAAACCCAAGAAGAAAAUUUAAUGACAAAUUGUAUCAAAGUAAACGAUGGAUUACAAGACUAUUUUUGUAAAAUUUGUGAAUGUUGGAUACCUACUUUAAACCAUGUCUGUGAACACGUGAAAGGAAGGAACCACCAAAUAAAUAAAACAGCUACUACAGAAGAAAAACCUCAGAAUAAUUCAAAUAAUUUCCCAAGAGAAAGAAAGACCCAAGAAGAAAAUUUAAUGACAGAUUGUAUUAAAGUAAAGGAUGAAUCACAAGACUAUUUUUGUGAAAUUUGUGAAUGUUGGAUACCUACUUUAAACCAUGUCUGUGAACACGUUAAAGGAAGGAACCACCAAAUAAAUAAAACAGCUAGUAUUACAAAAGAAAAACCUCAGAAUGACCAAGAAAGUUCAAAUAACGAUACAGAUAGUGAUACAUCUACAUCGGAAGAAGUCAGCACAAGUCAAACGCAAACUCUAAUUUGUACCAUGAAUAAAUCAAUCAAUCCAUCAAUUAAUAUGUCAUUGGUGGAACAUAAUGUAAGUAAAACACAAGAACUACAAUGUGUUGACAAUAUUCAGCCUGUGGCUGCAGCUAAUACCAAUGAACAGGAUAUAAUUUCAUCGCAAGAUAAAAAAGCUACGUCUGGCUUAUUUAUAUCUUCUGAUAUAUUUAAUGAAAUAAAUACAUUGUUAAGUACAACAUUAAAACAACAGUGCAGCAAAACAACAUCGAAAACAACAUCAAAAACAACAGUGCAGCAAAAAAGAACUCCUCUUGGACGUUACAACAUAAUGUAUCCAAUAGAUUAUUUGCGCUUUGAAAAGAUUAUGUUCUCUUGUCGUGAAUGGAAGUUAAGCAAAAUCAAAGAAAAUUUGAAGUUUUACAUUCCAUCUACUGAUCAAAAUGUUAUUUGUCUAAUAUGUAAUGUCAAACAUAGUUCGUGUGAUAUACAAGUAUGGUACGAACAUAUUUCUUGCAAUAAACACAAGCAGCUUUCGGACAAAAAGUCAAAAUUACUGAAGCAACUGAUGAGUGGAGAGUCUACAAAUAUCGUAUGUCAUGCUUGCAAUACAAAAGUAGAAGAAAAUGUGAUCAGCAUACAUAUAAAUGAAGCUUCGCACAAAAUGAAUCGUGACAAAUUAUUGACACAAUUCGUGUCUUUAAAUUAUUAUGAUAAUUUAUUGAUAGAGACAUUAGAUCCUCUCUGUUAUGCUAUUCAAUAUUUCGCUUGUGUGCCAUGCAAAAAGAGAUUCAAGAUGAAGGUAGAAUUUAUGGAUCAUCUCCAUCUGAACCAUAUAAAUUCUGUUAAAUUUUAUAACAGUUGUAAAAAGUUUAGCUUCUGUGUAAUAUGCGCCAUUCUCUGGUAUGAAAAUGAGGCUUGUUACUCGAAACAUUGUUCACAUCCGAUACAUCUAUAUUUAAAAAAGAGCAAUGAUUUCGCGAUUAAGCCACUACCGCAGGAGGUGACAAAAUUACUGAAAUAUAUUGACCAAAAUGUUGAUGCUCUGUUUAAAGCAUCGGAAAAUGUAUCGAUUAAAUUGAAUACAAAUCGAGUCGUCAGUGAUUUAGAGUAUACUUUAAAAUCACACGAUCUCUCUGCGGUAAAAGUACACAAAUAUGGCUCGAGAUAUACUGGCUUAGCAAUGUUGAAUAGCGACUUCGACAUAUACCUUGAUUUUGGCGGCGAGUGCAAUGAAGCUGAAUUAGCCAAAAGCAGGAACAAACAGAUUGAGAAAUGUUUGCGUGCUGACUAUAAGGUUUGGAAAAUAAAAGAAAUUCUAGAGAAUACCAGAACUCCUAUCAUAAAACUUAUACACAUAUCAACGGGAAUCAACUGCGACAUUUCUUACAUGAAUGGUCUAUCAGUGGAGAAUUCCAAGUUUAUUAAGUCCUUUAACAAUGCAUACUUGCCCUGUCGAAAAUUGAUAUUAUUUCUUAGGAAAUGGAUGCAUCUGUGCAAUUUUACUGGAUUAGAGAAUAUAACAAAUUAUGCUCUCGUCUGGUUAGUUAUUUUUUAUUUGCAAGUUAAACACGGAAUACCGAGUGUUGCAUCAUUAAUCAAAAGGCAUAAAGAAUUCAAAAUCAUUUCUGGUUGGCGAACUAGUGUCAGUUACACUUUCACUAUCGAUAUACCAGAAUUACCGAUGCAUGAAUUGUUGUUAGGUUUUUUCAAAUUUUAUGGAGAAUUCGAUUACAUGCAUUCCGUUAUAUGUCCGUUGUUAGGCAGAGAAUGUGAUAAGCAACUGUUUGCAACUUCUCCCGACAUAAAAUCGACAUUUCCUGAGGAUAUGGAACCGUAUGUGACACAUUUACAAGGAAAAAAUCGGGAAUUUUUUAGAAUUGACUCAGCUAUGUGCGUACAAGAUCCAUUUGUUCUCUCGUUCAAUAUAACAAGAGCCGUGCAAGUUUUAACGCUCCGAAGCUUUAAGGAAUACUGUAAAGAAAGUGUAUCGAUAUUAUCGACGUAAAAUUACAUUUUACUAAUCGAUGAAAUCGACAAAACAGUGACUGUUUGACCAAUUAUAUUGGUCAGUUGGAAGCAUUUGUAGUGUUUAGUGAAAGAGAGAAUUCUAUUCAUAAUUAUUACUUAUAUAUUUUAUAUUGUAUGAUAUGUUUUAUAUAAUAUGAAAUUAAUAUUGAUUAUAAAAUCGCAAUUAUGUCGAUUGUUGAUCGACAUAAUGGAUAAUACAUUAUGCUUCAAAAUAA